AGCAAAUUAAUAAAACAUGUGAAAUGUACUUUCAAAUUAUUUUUAGUAUCAUGUUACCGUUUUAUAUGAUCGUUCCUCUUAUCACCCCAUGAUUAUACAAAGUCAAAGUCUUCUUUAGUUUCCUACCGUAUCUCCUAUUAUGGAAGCUUCAAAAAAUCUUCUUCAAACACCUGCAAAUUUCAUGAAGGUCGAUAGUUUGAGCCAAGAAUGUGAAAAUCUGAUCUCUUCUUUACCUUCAGAGAAAGAUUUCAUGGGGAAAAACCUCUAUAGUUAUCAAGGAUCUUGGUACUAUCCCAGCACACUCCAAGCAAUCCUAAACUUCCAAAAACAUUUCCGAGCACGAGACAGCGAUAUCAUCCUAGCUUCUUUCCCCAAAUCAGGAACCACCUGGCUCAAGGCUCUUGCAUUUGCCGUCGUCCAUAGAAACAAGUACGCUCCUAAUCUUGUAUCACAUCCCCUCCUCUCCGACAAUCCCCACAACCUCGUUCGGUUUAUUGAACUUGAUUUAUACGUUAAGAGCCAACGUCCUGACCUAGAAGAGCUUCCUUCGCCUAGGAUUUUUGCAACCCACAUGCCGUUUCAAACGCUUCAUGAUUCUCUAAGAGAUUCUCCAUGCAAAGUGGUUUACAUGUGCAGGAACAUAAAAGAUGUGUUGGUCUCUCGUUGGCAUUUCAGGAGCAAAGUUGUUAGAAAAGAGUUAUAUAGUAACUAUUCACUUGAAGAUAUGGUUGACGAAUUUAUCAAAGGGGUUUACUCGUUGGGACCGUUUGAUGAUCAAGUCUUACGUUAUUGGAAAGAGAGUUUGGUGAACUCGAAUCAGGUACUCUUCAUGAGGUAUGAAGAAAUGAUAGAGAAUCCUGAGGCUCAAGUUAUGAGGCUCGCAGAUCUCUUGGGUUGUUCGUUUACUGAAGAAGAAAAGCAAAGUGGAACGGUGGAGAAGAUCUUGGAACUGUGUAGUUUUGGUAACUUGAGUAACUUGGAGACCAACAAGACUGGGACAUCUGUUUGUGGAGUUGCUCCCCAUGCGUUUUUUCGUAGAGGAGGAGUUGGUGACUGGAAGAAUCAUCUCACUCAUGAGAUGGCAAGAAAACUCGAUGAGAUGGUUGAGAAGAAAUUAGGAGGUUCAGGGUUGAAGUUUGAAUGAUCCAAUUUCGCUUGAUGUUUGAUAUUCAAGAAAAGAACUUGUUAUGAUAAAAGAUUGUAUGAAAGCUAAGGUAGCUUAUUUACAGUUUGUGGUUAUCUUUUGGUGUGUUGUUUUUUCUUAAAGAAAAUGGAGAAG